AUGACAGGUACUUCUCGUGUUGUUAACGGAAAAACUGCCCCUAAAGUUAUUCCAUCUCUCCGACCUGUUGCUCAACCGGGAGAACCCAAAAUCGAACUGCAGAUGACUUCAGAACCACAAAGUGUCGUGGAGAGAGCAGAUGCCAAAGAGAAGCGUCAUAGAUCUUUAAAAAGAGAUGCAGUGUAUAUGCAGAACCAAUUGGUGUCUUCGACUAACAAUCAUUAUGCUUACAAGAGCAUGAUGAAGACAUUGCUUAACUAUGGAGCCGAUGCCAAAAACUCCCAAAUGACAUCACAGCUGUUUUACAAAGGUGAGGGUGGAAACAAUAGUGCCAUUGAAUCAACCAAUUCUGUCUCUGGAACCAAUUAUGGUUUGACUGCACGUGGUAACUUUAUCAAGAAAAGCAAAGAACUGACCAUGUCUGGUCCUUUGUAUGAAGAUGUGUUUGGUAUGAAAAGACAUUUGAUCAAUGGAGUAGAUUUGACUUUGAAAUUGUACAGAUCAUCACCUGUUUUCUGUUUGAUGAGUGGUAAAGCUAAACAAGAGUAUACCAUUGAGCUACUCGAUGCAUAUCUUCAAAUAUGCAAACUCAAAGUCAACCCGGCACUGUUCCUAGCUCACAACACCCUGUUCCAAAAUAACUCCAAUGCACUCUAUCCUUUCACUAAGUCUGAUGUCAAGGUCAACAGCAUCACCGUUUCUCAACUGACACACACCAUUGAUAACGUGUCCAACCCCAUUGCUAAUCGCUACAUCAUUGGCUUUGUGGAAAGCAAGAGUUUGAACGGGGCAUAUGAUGGGAAUCCUUUCAACUUUCAAUCAAGCAUGCUCAAAACUGUCAGCCUCUAUGUGAAUGGUGUCAGUGCACCUGGUCGUCCAACCCGUGCUGAUGAUGUGAACAGCUAUGUGAACAUGUUUGAUGGUGCGGUACUUUGGAGAGAAAAUCGAGGAAACUGUAUUUCUAGAGAAGAGUUUUUGUUAGGAAAUGCACUGUUUGUCUUCCAGCUGGAAGAGGUGUGUGGAGAAUCUGAAUACCUCAAUCUGGUGAAAUCUGGAAAUGUGCGGUUGGAAAUUGAGUUAAAAACUGCACUAACCCAAACCUUGAGCUGCAACAUUCUCAGUGAAAGAAACUCCAUCAUAGAAAUUGAUCAGGCUCGAAACGUCUUCAUCAAAUAA